AUGAUGGAAGGUACUGAAAAACGUGCUGGUGAAGCAAUCCAGAUUCCUGAUGGUCUUCGGCCAUUACUGGAAGCAUUCGCCAAAGAAACACUAAAAUCUCAUCCAGAUGAUUUGGUUUAUUUCGGCAAAGUAUUUUUCGAUGAACUUUAUAAUCUGAAGGAAAGUAAGUGGUUAAUGCCAAAAUUUCACUCAAAGUUCCUCAUUAUGUUAUUUCAUGGGUUACUGGAAUGA